AUGAACUCUGGCUUCACUGGUACCUAUGAUCCUACAGAAGAAUCUGGCCGUGGACCCAUGUUUAACAAACGACGAUUUGGCGUACCCCAAUUCUACCCGCGCGACCUCAAGAGACGCGUAGACAACUACGUCGUCGGCCAGGACCGUGCAAAGAAAACCAUCUGCUCUACUAUUUUCAAUCACUACCAGAAUCUUCGGCGGCGGCAUCAGCACGAACACGAAGAGCAAAAUCUGCGAGAAAAAUCCAUGCGACAACGGUUCGCCAGAGAUCGAGAGUUACACCAGAAACGGCGGGAAGCUCAUCCAGUUGAUGACGAGUUUCCUGGCCACACGGAGUCUGUUCGAGAGCUCUACGAAAGCGACAGAUCCGAAACCCCCUCUUUGGACCACUUGUACAUACCUGAGGACCAAGCCGCCGAUGAGCCCGUCAAAAUUGACAAGAGCAACCUGCUCUUGAUCGGGCCGACUGGAGUAGGAAAAACAUAUAUUCUCGAGUAUGUGAUACCCAGCUUUGACUUUUCGGGUAUGGUGGCUAAUGAGGGCAGAACUCUGAGCAAGAAGCUCCAAGUCCCGUUCUCCAUCUGCGAUUGCAACUCUUUAACGCAAGCUGGCUAUAUUGGUCAAGAUGUUGAGACGUGCGUUGAAAGGCUUCUAAUAGAAGCAAACUACGAUAUCAAAGCUACGGAGCACGGCAUAAUUGUACUUGACGAAUUCGAUAAACUUGCCAGACGGGAAACUUCGACCGGCCGUGAUGUCGGCGGUGAGGGCGUUCAGCAGGCCCUGCUAAAGCUGGUGGAAGGCACCAAAGUGACGAUCAACGUGAAAGACAACCGCUCUUCCCGAUCCGCACCGCCGAUUACGACGAAUUAUAACGCGAGUGGCUCAUCCAGCAGCACAGCUCAGGCCGCACCGCCCGCCGCCAAAGUGGACCAAUAUACCAUUGACACCACCAACAUCCUCUUCGUCUUCUGCGGUGCUUUCGUCGGACUAGAUAAGAGUGUCAUCCAAAGGGUCGCCAAGCCGACUAUGGGAUUUGGUGGCGAAGUCAAGGGGCGCACCACGCUCUCUGGCGAGCAACAGGCUCUACCCCCCGAACUAUACGAACACUUGGCCCAUCAUGACUCUGUUUCGAAAUUUACGCCUAUGGACCUAGCCACGCCUGCCGACCUGCAAAAAUUCGGAUUCAUUCCCGAACUAAUCGGACGUUUACACAACAUCUGCGCCCUGAGCCCACUGUCAAAGGAAGACCUGUUCCGGAUUCUAACGGAGCCACGCAACAGUCUCGUGGCGCAGUAUACGGCGCUCUUUGAGACGUACCCGUCCCGUCUAUACUUCACUGAGAAGGCCCUCUAUGCUAUCGCGGAUAGGGCCUCCCAAUCUGGUACGGGCGCCCGCGGGCUGAAGAUGGAAAUGGAGCGCAUCCUGGGUGAGCCCAUGUUCGACGCACCGAUGCCGUAUGUUCUCAUUACGGAAGGCUGCGUCAACGGCACCGAAAAGCCGGGCUACUGGGCCAAAGAUGGACGGUUCGAGGUGGACAGGCGAAUGGAAGAAGAGCAGCUCGAUCGCGGUGGAAAGCCGGCGGCAGCCUCUGAACGUCUACGGGAAGCCGGACAAAGCGGCGGUUGA